AUGAGUGACCCUUCCGAAAAGAGAGUCGCGGAGGACGAGAUUCAUAAUGCAGAGGGACGAGAAGAUCGAAUUUCUCUAAAGGAUGACACAGUACUUGCGAGAGCGCAACUUUUAGGUGCUACACCAGAUGAGGUUAUUGAAGCCGAGGAGCAUGGUCGUACUAUCGACUUGGACGAAGCGAAGAAGCUCGCCGAAACACUGGUCUAUUUCCAUGAACAUGACCCAAAUUUCAGUUCCGAGUCCAUCGUUCGUCUCCAAUCCUUCAUCGCCAACGAUGAACUUUUCCAAAACCCCGAAAAGAACGAGGAAGCCAUCUCAAACAUCAAGACCGAAAUUUCACUUCUCACAACCAACUCACCUUACCCAGAAGUGCGAGCUGUCGUGAGCAACAAAGAUGACCCUUCCACACCAGCUGGAACCAUCCGCGCCUGGACCAUCGGCCUAUUGUUCGUCAUCGUACAAAGCUUCGUCAAUCAGCUCUUCUCUGUUCGACAACCGAGUAUUCGUCUCCAAGCCCCAGUCAUCCAACUCCUCUCGUAUCCUCUCGGCAAAGCCUGGGAGAAAUGGCUCCCGGUUGGCGAGUUCAGUUUGUUCGGCUCUCAGGUCCAGCUGAACCCCGGAAAGUUCAACCAGAAAGAGCAUAUGCUCAUAUCGAUCAUGGCCAACGUGUCUACAAGCUUGCCUCACUCACGAUACAUCAUCUUUACCAGCUGGCUGAAGAAGUAUUUCGAUCUGCCUUUCGCGGCCGAUUUUGGUUUCCAGAUCUGCCUUUCGCUCUCCAUGAACUUGCUAGGCUUUGGACUCGCAGGUCUGGUUCGUAGAUUCCUAGUUUACCCUUCAUUCUGCAUCUGGCCUCGAUCGUUGGCAACCGUUGCCCUCAACCAAAGUCUUCAUAACGGCAAGUUCAAUAGCUACUCUGGCAAUGCUAGUGUCUUAGGACCAUUUAAGAAGAUCUACAACAUGUCUCGAUAUCGCUUCUUCAUGCUCUCAUUUGCCGCCAUGUUUGUAUGGUUCUGGUUCCCGGAUCUUAUCGUUUCUGCCUUGUCGCUUUUCAACUGGCUCGCCUGGAUUUCACCAAAUAAUUUUAACCUUGCAGCCAUCACUGGCGUCAGCAAGGGUCUAGGUUUCAAUCCGUUGCCGACUUUUGACUGGAACAUCGCCACCUACUACAUCGAUCCGCUGCUGGUUCCCUUCCAUGUCACUUUCAACAUGUUUCUAGGUGCCGUUCUGGGAGGAAUCACCAUUAUCGCCAUGUACUGGAGCAACACGUACAAUACGGGGUACCUGCCUAUUAACACAAACACCAUGUUCGAUAACACAGGCGCCAAGUAUAAUGUUUCAUCGAUUCUGGACGAUCGUGGAUUGCUCGACGUGGAGAAGUAUCAGGCUUAUAGUCAGGUCCAUAUCGCCGCUUCGUCUGUUACUUACUAUAUCUACUUCUUUGCAGUGUACAGUGCGGUCAUCUCGUAUGCUGCCAUAUACCACUGGAAUGAUAUCAAGCUGGGAUUUGUUUCCUUGUAUCAGAGCUUCAAGAAGGACAGCAAGGUCAACGAGUUCAAGGAUAUUCACACUAGGCUCAUGGAGAAAUACCGUGAAGUACCUGAGUGGUGGUAUAUGAUUCUGAACAUUGUUGGUGUUGCCUUUGGUAUUGCAUCUGUCGCAGCCUGGCCUACCAACACGAGUGUCGGCACCGUAUUCUUUGGCCUUGCUCUUGCAAUUAUCUUCACUGUACCCACUGGAAUCAUCUUUGCUACUACCGGUAUCGAGGUUGAGUUCAACGUCCUGGCUGAGUUUAUCGGAGGUGCAUGGCAACCAGGAAAUGCCCUAGCAAUGAACUUCUUCAAGGGAUUCGGAUACGUGACUGUGGCUCACGCUCUCGACUUUGCAAAUGACCUGAAGUUGGGACAUUACCUCAAAAUUCCUCAGCGUCAAACCUUUUGGUGCCAAACCGUCGCAACUAUCAUUUCCGCCUUCGUCUGCACAGGCGUUAUGAACUUCCAGAUCCGCAACAUCCCUGAUAUUUGCGAGAGUGGCCAAAAAGACCGAUUCACCUGCCCCGGUGUUGAAUCAUACUUCACAGCAGCGGUACUCUUCGGCUCUCUUGCACCGCAGCGCGUGUUUGGUAAAGGUGGAAUGUACACCGCCCUUCUCGCAGCGUUUCCCGUCGGUUUGGCGUUCCCUGUGUUGUACUAUUAUGCCACACGCAAACUGCCCAAGACGCACUUCCUCACCAAGUUGCAUCCCGUUGUUAUCUUCAGCGGCGGUCACAUCUGGUCUCCCUACAACCUUGCGUAUGUCUGGCCUGCUGUUAUACCCGGCUGGAUCUCAUGGGUUAUUGUUCGCAAGAGAUAUCUCGCAUUUUGGGCAAAGUACAACUAUGUACUGUCGGCAGCCUGGCAGACUGGCAUUGCAAUUGCUGCUGUUGUGAUAUUCUUUGCGGUUAGUUAUCACGGUGCUUCGGUUAACUGGAUAGGAAACAAUGCCGACAGCGGUUGUGAGGCCAACACUUGUACGAGACUCAAGCUUCCUCAAGGAGAGAUAUUUGGACAACAGCCUGGAACGUUUGCAUAG